AUGAUGAGUAACAACGAGGCAUAUAACCAUGAUCUGAAUGGUAUGAGCCCAUCUGAAAUUUCUGUACACUUCAAAGAGAUUUAUCCCGAAUUUGGUGAUCUCGAUGUUGAAGAAGUCCUUCUACAACAGGAAAGUGCAUAUCUACAUAUUCAAGCCAGUGGAAAGGCAAAAGUUACAACAUCUGACUAUGGCCAAACUAAAAAUAGGGGUCAGUUUUCAGCACAAGAGAGCGAAUCACAAUUAGCUCUUGAUGAAGCCUUUGCUAGAUCUUUGGAAUUGGGGGACGACUUUGCCAACAUAUAUAGUUCUGAGCAUGGUAGCAUCGUAGCUGAGAGCACAAAUUCAAGUCCCAGGGAAAUACCUGCCACGACAGCGAUUCAAAACACAAGGGAAGAUGAAAUUGAUCCAGACACUAUGAAUUAUGAGGAAUUGCUUUCACUAGGGGAAGCUGUUGGCCAUGAGAGCAAAGGACUUUCAGACAAUCUCAUUUCUCGUUUACCGACUUUUAAAUACAAAGCCGGGUUGUUCUCAAAGAAAAAGAAAAAAGAAGAGUGUGUGAUAUGUUGUGCCGAGUACAAGAAUGGAGCUAAGCUGAUAACUUUGCCUUGUGCACACCAGUAUCAUUCAGGAUGCAUUACACGUUGGUUGAAACUCAAUAAGAAUUGUCCUGUGUGUCUAGAGGAGGUUCGAGGAGAAUAA